CGUGAGUGAAGCGAGACAAAAAGCAAUGGUUGUACCAGACAGACGCCUUAUCCCCUCUCUCUGAAAGCACCGUCUGUAUGGAGUCUGCCGUUCGUUACUCCGCCGCCAGAAUGCUUUCCCGCUCCACCGCCAACUUCUGUGCUCGCAGCCGCGCCUUCAGCCUCCUCACCGUCACUUCACCAUUUAGCCGUAAUAUCACUUGCCUCCCCAAAUUUCCCACCAAAUUGCACUGUCACCCCAGGCUCCGAUUGUCCGCCUCCAUAACCGCCAAGCCUUCAUCGGAGCUGCAGAAGAAACGCGGAAGCUCCGAGCCUGACGAAAAGCUAGUCGCCCUCCGCGAGAUCUUUUCCAGGCCCAACAUCAACAUCGAUGCCUAUAUCAUUCCUUCUCAGGACGCUCAUCAGAGCGAGUUCAUUGCUGACUGUUAUGCAAGGAGAGCAUACAUAUCAGGUUUUACUGGCAGUGCUGGCACUGCUGUUGUCACAAAAAAUAAAGCAGCUCUUUGGACAGAUGGAAGAUACUUCCUCCAGGCCGAGCAGCAGUUAAACUCAAGCUGGAUUCUCAUGAGAGCUGGUAAUCUUGGAGUACCCUCAACAAGUGAGUGGCUUAAUGGUGUCAUGGCACCCGGCAGCAGAAUUGGCAUAGACCCUCCUGAUACUAGAUCUUCUUGCCUCCACUUCUACAGGCCAGGCCUCAUUUCUAAUUUGCUUAGGUGGGAUAGCUGGGUGAUUUGGGGUAAGUCACUGUUCUUGUUUUCUUCGGAUGCUGCAGAAAAAUUGAAAGAGGCCAUCUCUACGAAGAACCACGAGUUAGUCUACUUGUAUGAUGUCAAUCUCGUGGAUGAGAUAUGGAAGGACUCUAGACCAAAGCGUCCAAAUAGGCAUAUUAGGCUGCAUGACCUGAAAUAUGCUGGUGUAGACGUGUCAUCCAAGCUAAGUUCAUUGAGAUCUGAACUGGCUAAUGCUGGUUCAUCUGCGAUUGUUAUCACAAUGCUGGAUGAGAUAGCAUGGCUGUUGAACUUGAGAGGUAGUGACGUCCCACAUUCACCAGUCAUGUACGCUUAUUUGGUCGUGGAGAUUGAUGGAGCAAUACUAUUCAUAGAUGACGACAAAGUCAAGCCGGAUGUUAUGCACUAUUUGGAAGCUGCUGGAAUAGAGUUGAGACCGUAUGAUUCUAUUCUUUCCCAUAUUGGAAGUUUGGCUGCAAUAGGUGCCUGCCUUUGGUUGGACACAUCAUCCGUUAGUGCUGCUAUAGUAAAUACUUAUAAAACGGCCUGUGAAAAGUACUUUGGCACUGCUGGAAUUGUCGAUCAAAGUAAGGAGACAUUGUCAGCUAGUCAUGAUGGCCAUUCUUGUGGACCCACUGCUAUCUGUAAGAGCUCGCCUAUUUCUCUGGCCAAAGCUGUGAAAAAUGAAGCUGAAUUGCAAGGAAUGCGUAAUUCUCAUCUAAGAGAUGCAGCGGCUCUAGCGCAAUUCUGGGUAUGGCUAGAGGAGGAAAUCAGCAGGGGUGUUAUUUUGACCGAAGUAGAUGUUGCGGACAAACUUCUUGAGUUCCGUUCUAGGCAAGAUGGUUUCUUGGACACAAGUUUUGAUACUAUAAGUGUCCGUUCUAGGCAAGAUGGUUUCGUGGACACAAGUUUUGAUAGUAUAAGUGGUUCUGGUGCAAAUGGUGCUAUCAUACACUACAGAGCGGAUCCUAGCAACUGCAGUGUAGUGGAUGCUGAGAAAUUGUUUUUAUUGGACAGUGGAGCACAAUAUAUUGAUGGAACUACUGACAUUACUCGGACUGUACAUUUUGGUCAACCUUCUUCACGGGAAAAAGAAUGUUUUACCAGAGUGCUUCAGGGUCAUAUUGCGCUUGAUCAGGCUGUUUUUCCAGAAAAUUACCCAGGUUUUGUAUUAGAUGCCUUUGCAAGAUCAUCACUGUGGAAGAUCGGUCUUGAUUACCGUCAUGGUACUGGUCAUGGUGUAGGAGCUGCACUGAAUGUUCAUGAAGGCCCUCAAAGUAUAAGCUUCCGGUUUAGCAACAUGACUCCAUUGCUGAAAGGCAUGGUUGUCAGUAAUGAACCAGGAUACUAUGAAGAUCAUGCAUUUGGUAUUAGGAUCGAAAAUCUUCUUUACGUGAAAGAGAUCAAUACACCAAAUCGCUUUGGAGGAGUGGAUUACCUGGGAUUUGAAAAGCUUACAUUUGUUCCUAUUCAGACCAAGCUAGUCGACAUGUCACUACUUUCUACGAGUGAAAUAGAGUGGUUAAAUGAUUACCACAAACAAGUCUGGGAGAAGGUUUCUCCAUUAUUGGAAGGUUCAGCAUAUCAAUGGCUUUGGGAUAAUACGAGGCCUCUCGUAAAGCCCUGAUACACAUAAUUUAAUUGACCCUAUUCAAGUUCAUGUUCAGUUGCAUCAUAGAUUGACACUUAAUAUAGAGUGUUAAACCUACACCUCCGAGUGGUCGCUUGAACAGGUUUGCCACAUUCAUGUUUUCUGCACCUUGCUGAUGGAAGGAAAAGAAUUAAAAAGGUUUGCGUAUGAUUAUCAGGUUAUUUGUGAAUAAGUGAAAUAUAAGAUUGGAUUAGGAAGCUUCCAACUAGCUGAAUCGAUACAAGUGAGGUGUUUGUGAAUAGUAUUUACACAGUUUGGGAUGUUUAUCAUGAGUUCCCUGUAUUAAUUGCUGUUGCACUGCAUUUGUAAUAUAUGAAGUAUUUGGUAUCUGUACAAGAAUUAUUGAAUUAAAUUUUUAUUCAUUAGAGAAAUCUUGAGCUUGACUUGUUUUGACAUGUCUUCACAAUGCACUUGCUUGGGUGAUUAAAAAAGUGGGAGCGUGCUUGGUCUAUGAGCUCAGAGAUGCUUCAAGAAGCUUUUAUUUUACUUCUUAUGUUGAUGUCAUCAGUAAAAAUGUUGAAUCGGUAUAUUGUAUUUGACAGGUCAUUAAUGUUCCAUGUAUAUUAUUGAAUCGGCUCAUUUGUGAACCAUUUCGUUUCUAAAAUAUGUACGUCUAUAUCAA